GGAAGCAGCUGUGUUGUAUGGAGGCCUGGUGGUGUCGGAGGAUAACAGCAGCUGAAGUGCGCCGCAGACUCCAAACUUCUCCAUCAGGACCAGAGGGAGGCUGGACCGGGACUCGGAACUGUCGUGUGGACAUUUUAGUGUGUGGAGUCAGAUGUCUGUGGAGGAGACAGAAAACACGGACCAGUCAGUUAAACGGUAAAAAAACAAAACAAAAACAAAAAACAAUGAGCCCGCUCUGGUUCCUCCUGCUCCUCUUUCUGCGGACCGCGGAGCUCCGUCACGUCCACGCAGCCCGGGAGUCUCAGUCCGGGUCUGAGGUGCAGGAUGCCGGGGACACAAAGGAGUCCCUCUCCCUGGACGGGACUUCUCCUGGAAGUGACCUGAAACGAGUCGCCCGAGGAGCCAAAGACCGGAGUUUUGGGAAGAGAGACCCGCAAACACCGAGUAACAACAUCGGGCAUCCGAGGCGGUUCGACGACCCGAGCGGGUACUUCACCACCCCGCGGUCCGGUCGGGCCACCUCCGCCCCGCCGGGUAACGCGUCGUCCGGCCGCGGGUCGGGGCUCCUGAACCCGCUGUUCCCGGUCACCGACGGGUCCUACUGGGCGUACGCGGUCAUGCUGCUCGCGCUCGUGCUGUUCGCGGCGGGCAUCGUGGGGAACCUCGCGCUCAUGUGCAUCGUGUGGCACAACUUCUACCUGAAGAGCACGUGGAACUGCAUCCUGGCCGGGCUCGCGCUCUGGGACUUCCUCGUGCUGUUCUUCUGUCUGCCCGUGGUCAUCUUCCACGAGCUCACCUUGAAGAGGCUGCUGGGAGACCUGUCCUGUCGGCUCGUGCCCUACCUGGAGGUGACCUCUCUGGGUGUGGCCACGUUCAGCCUCUGCGCUCUGAGUAUUGAUCGUUUCCAUGCAGCCACCGGCCCCGCGCCGCUUCAGACGCCGAAGGUGGAGCCCUGCCAGUCCAUCCUGUCCAAGCUGUUGGUGAUCUGGGUGGGCUCCAUGGUGCUGGCCGCCCCUGAGCUGCUGCUGUGGCAGCUCCUCCAGGAGACCGUCAGCCUGCCACUGCUGCCCACUGACCUGCAGCAGAGCCAGCCAGGAGGCUCCCUGUUGGCGGCCUUGAGGGGCCGGACAGACAAAUUUAAAGUGGACGUUUGUGUCCGCGAGCCGUCUGCCGAGCUCCCAGACAGCAUCUACGCUCUGGUGCUGACCUACCACGAGGCCCGCAUGUGGUGGUUCUUUGGGUGCUACAUCUGUCUGCCGCUGCUCUUCACUCUGGCCUGCGACCUGGUGACGCGGCAGGUGUUAUCGCAACGUGUGCCGCAGAAGCCCGGCGGCGAAAAGAUGAUCAGAUGCUCCUCCUCCUCCUCCUCGUCUUCCUCCUCCGCGAAGAAAAAGCAGCACGUGAGGGAACAUAGGCUGCGCUCCACCGUGAUGGCGCUCACCAUCUUGUACGUCACGUGCAACCUGCCGGAGAGCAUCUGUAACAUCACCCUGGCGUACAUCUCGGCCCACGUCUCCGCGGCGCUCCCGGCUCUGGUCCUGCCGGCUCUGGGCCUGAUUGGACAGUUCCUGCUGUUCAUGCGUUGCUCGCUGACGCCGGUGCUGCUGCUGUUCCUGUGUCGCUCGCUGGGUCAGGCCUUCAUGGACUGCUGCUGCUGCUGCUGCGAAGAGUGCCUCCCCGACGGCAACUCCUCUUCAUCCUCAUCCGCCUCCACCACCGCCACCUCCAACCUGUCCUCGCCCACGUCGCCCUCUCCGUCCUCCCUGUCUCCCUCCAGCAAGGAGGAGACGAAGAGCAUGUUGGCGACGGAGCCGGCGGUCUGCUACGACAGAGCGAAAGACUCCUCAGUAGUUCUCGGGACGCCCUGUUGAGGUCCAGAACUGCAUUUAGUCUCUUGCGACCUUAAAGUGUGUCUGAACUGACGGUUGGAGCGACUGUAGCAGCAGAAACUGACUAGAGUUAGACGAUUAUAAACAAUAUAGAAUGUCUUUUUUUUUUAGGUUUGUCCACCUGUGAUGGAUUAAAACACUGUUAUUGUUUGUUUGUUUUUGGAUACAUUUUAUAGUUGAUAAUUUUCUAAUGCUCAUCAGGAUGUUAGCACUAUCUUCUCUGAGUACUGUAUUAGACAGAAACACUGGAUAAUCUGAGUUUUAAACUGAAAGUGUAGACGCGUUGAGACUUGUGUCGGCAGACUGACAGACUGCUGUGAACUUUUGUUUUUCAAACACGAUUUUGCUGUCACUGCUCAUUCAUCGUUCAGAUUCACACAGGAUGGGAUGAGAUGUUGGAGAUCAAUCAAACUUUGAUGCCUCGUGAAACGAGUCACUUUUUUUUUUUUUUUUUUUACCUGUUUUAUUACUUCAGGUUGAGUAAAGUUUAGAUUUUCUUCAAGGAAAAAUUGCAUCCUCUGUGAAUAACUGCCUCAGUGUGUUUGUAUUUUAUUAACCUGCUGUUGGUGAACUCUGUUUUCAGAGCACUUUAUUCUAAUCAUCAGAAUAGAAAUUAUUAUUCUUUUCACAAAACGUUCAAUGUAUGAAACUUUACUUUUCAUUUUGAGUAUGAAUUUAGGUGUUUACACAUUUUUUUUUUAUGACUUGGUUUUGAUUUUUUUUAUUUCCUGUCAAAACUAAUGGAUUUCUAAGUCAGAUGAUAUUCUAUAUUUUUCUACAUGUCAACACAUCUCAUGUACAGACCAUCAGCUACUAACACUGUGUGUGUGAGUCAGAACCUGAUUUAUCUUCUUCCUUUGUGUCGUAGCACUAUGAAAUAUUAAAAAAAACACAUGAAUGAGCCACACUGUUGUUGCACUGGAUGACAUGUUCGUUCAAUAUGAUGAACACUCACGUGGAAGUUGAGUUUGACUCAAUACCACGUAAACCAUACUGGAAAAUACUCAAUAUGGCGCCAGGUGUAGGUUAAAAAAUAGUCCCCAACAACUUUUUGAUUAAUGUUAGCUAAAAACUACAAGGAUCAACUGUUUCAGGGAGCUAUUGUUUUCUCCACUCUGCCAUGAGGGUCAUAUUUUCACCUUUGUUCAUUUGUUGGUUGGUUUGUCAGCAGGUUUACACAAAACACAAUUGAACAGAUUACCACAAAACUUGCGAGGGAAGGAGGAUGU